GAAACCCGCUAUCAAUCAGUCGUUGAAGGGACGUCACAAAAGAGAAGGACGCAUAAGGAGCACAAAGAACGCCGGAGAGAUGAAGGUACGCUGAGAGUCAUGGCGUUAAUCAGUUUAGAUCAAUGGUUUGUAACAAACGUUUCUAUAAAUUUGUUCCUUGCCAGAAACCCGCUAUCAAUCAGUCGUUAAAGGGACGUCACAAAAGAGAAGGACGCAUAAGGAGCACAAAGAACGCCGGAGAGAUAAAGGUACGCUGAAAGUCAUGGCGUUGAUCAGUUUAGAUCAAUUGUUUGUAGCAAACGUUUCUAUAAAUUUGUUCCUUGCCAGAAACCCGCUAUCAAUCAGUCGUUGAA